AUGAACGGUGCUGUACGAACCGCCGUUAAGGUUUCCGGCGACCACAAAACAUCGCCGUCGAGCUUAGAUCUUAACGGCGGCAUCGGAGUAACACCUCCUUACAAUUCAUCCUAUGUCUUGGCCACUAGAUCUUCCAGAAAAGUUCUCUCUUACUGGACUUGCUCACAGCUUUGUGCGACUUUCUUUGUUGGGGGAGUUGUUUUUGGUUAUACACUCAGAGGAUGUGUUGGAAGAUGUGUUAAGCGUUGGGCUUCCAAAAUUCUCAAGAAGCUUAGCUGA